AUGGAAUUUAUAGAAAUAACUUUAAAGAAUCAUUAUUUAUUACAAAAGAUAUUAAAAUGUAGAAAGGAAUUGGUGAAUAGUUUGGAAUGGCAAGAAAGUGUGUCUAGACCAUUGCAUGUAUUAAUUGCAGAGCAAAAUGUAGAGAUGCUGAGAUACUCUUUGCACAAGUUUGCUUAUCAACACUUUGCAGUACUCUCACAUGCAAUUAAAAAUCAAUCAUCCAAUUUAUACUCUUCAAACAUUCCCAUACGUCCCAUUGAUACGGCUGCCUAUGUCAAUCGUCUAGAUAUUCUAAAGUAUCUACAUAAAAGAUUAGACAAGGUAAAAGAAGAAUUCUUUGGUGCACAUGUUGGUGAUAAAUACAAUAUCUUAAUAUCACAAGAUGCUAUUAGUUGGGCUGCCAGACACUCAAAUCUAGAGAUGGUUCAAUACCUAGCACAAGAAUUAAAAUGGUCAACUAUAACCGACUCAAUCAUUAUUGAUGCUAUCAAUGGUCCUUCUGGUGGUCUUGAUAUUAUCAAAUAUCUUAAAUCUACAACAACUACCAAUUGGGCAUUUAAAGAUGAUGCACUUGGUCCAAUUUAUAGUGCCAUUUCAAGAGGUGACAUUGGAAUAGAUUCACUUUGCUAUUUGGUUCAAGUGUGUACGUUGGAAACUGUUAAAAAGAGUCAAGACGACACACACAUUGUCGGCUCUAGUUUGGUUGCAAAUAGAGCAUUCCAUCAUGCCAUCAGAUCAAGUAAUCAUAGAGCCAUCGAAAUUAUUUAUAACCGAGGUGAUGGUAUAUACAAUGAAGAAGGUGAUGAAUAUAGUUAUUGGGAGGCAAUCAUAUCAGCAAUCACUUCAAAUAAUUUAGAAACUAUUCAUUUUAUAAUUGAUUUAUUUAAAUUAAAACAUGAAUCAGCUCUUCCUCCAACCAAAAAUAUUAGAACACCAACACCAUUCCUUCAAGACAUUGUAUUAUCAAAAAAUAUAUUAGAAUAUAUACAAAACUUAUCAUCAACCUCUUCAAAUUUGAUAAGUUUUAAAUUUAAUUUAAAUGUAUAUAUUAAUAAUGGUAGAUUAGAUUUGGUAGAAUAUUUAUUAAAUAAUAAUAUGGCGUAUAAAGUAUUUGAUCCAACAGAGUUGGUUGAAAAAGGAGAUUUAACGACAAUGCUUCAUUUGACAAACAAAGUUAAACUACCAACCUCUCAAAAAGUAUCGAUUCUGUCGGCCAUUGAAACCGGUAAUCUUAAAAUGAUGCAACACGUUUACAAGAAUCUAAUGAGAAUCGAUCCAUCUCGGGAAGACAAAGAAACCAAACAAAAUAAAUUGGCUCUCAAAUUACUUUGGUAUAAUACAACUAGAAAACAACAACAAGAAAAAGAUGGUAGUGGUAGUGAUGGUAGUGGAGGAUAUUUGGAAUGUUUAAAAUUUGCAGUUGAUAAUCAAAUUAUAGAUUUAAAUAAUAUAGCAAAUUCUUUGGUCUAUUGGAAUGGAGAUAAAGAGUUGAUUGAAAAGAUACCAACACUAGUUAAACAUUUAAAAAAGAAUCAACCAAAAAGAAUGGUAUCGGUUUUACAAUUCAAACUUGAAAACAAUGAAUCACCAACAUUGACCUACAACCAACUGUUUAGUAAUACUUUUACCAAUAGACCAUCGUUUUAUCAUGGAACAAAAGAGAUUAUCGAAAUAUUCAAGUCGUAUUUUGAAUCAUCGAUUCAAUGUUGUCAUCCAUUGGGUGAUUGGGCAUGUCACAAUGAAGAUUUGGAUUUGAUCAAAUACUUGGUAUCAAUUGGCAACCCUGCACUUUUCACUAAAAAAGCAAUCGACAAUUGUCUACGAUACCACAAAUCACCAGAGAUUUUACAAUACCUCAUGGACAAUGUAUUUCAAAAUGUAGAACCAACUUUGGAACAAUUAUGUAUAUCAAGAAAUAUGUCUAUUCAAUCAUUAUUAUUAAAUUCAUAUCCUUGGCUGUCAAGUACUUUAGAAUCUGCUAGUGUGGCAACCUUUCAAACUCUAUUUCAACAAUCGUACAUUUCAAAACAAUACUGUAAUAUUUUUCAUUUAUUGGAUCAUCCAAAUGGAAAAAAAGUGCACUACUCUUUACCACAAUAUACUUUCAUGUCAUCGGAUCCUCUUGAUCCUUCUAUUAAUAGUUUUUGGAAAACUUGUUAUCCAAUUAUUAUUUUAAUUAGAUAUUUUAAUAUUACUCCAAAAUUAUGCAAUCACCUUUCAACUGGUGUUGUUCAUCAAGAUGAAUAUUUAUCUUCAAAUCCAACUUCUGCAAAGGGAGCCAAGAGUGGAGAUGAUAUUGUAAUUGUAGCACCAUUCCGUACAGCAGUUGCCAAGGCAAAGAGAGGAGGAUUCAAGGAUACUUCACCAGAUGAUAUUCUUGCACCAGUCAUUAAACAUAUUCUCAAGGUUACAAAGAUUGAUCCAUCAUUGAUUACUGAUGUUGUUAUGGGUUCAGUUUUACCAAGAUCUUCUCAAGGUGCAACAGAAAUUAGAGUAGCAUCAUUAAUUGGAGGAUUACCAAAGGAGUCAGCAUGUAUGACAGUAAAUAGACAAUGUUCAUCUGGUCUUCAAGCUAUUGCUAAUGUUGCAGCUGCUGUUGCUGCUGGACACUAUGAGGUUGGUUUGGCCGGUGGUGUCGAGUCGAUGACUUUGAACCCAAUGUCAUGGGAAGGUCAAUUCAAUGAGGUUGCCAUGAACGAUCCAGUUGCAAGCGGAUGUUACAAUACUAUGGGUCAAACCAGCGAAAACGUUGCCGAGCGAUUCAACAUUUCACGUAAAGAACAAGACGAGUUUGCUGUCUUGUCUCACAAAAAGGCUGGUGCCGCUCAAGCUGCCGGCAAGUUCAAGGACGAGAUUGUCCCAGUCACUGUAAAGACUGAAGAUGGCAAGGAAGUUGUCAUUGACAAGGAUGAAGGUAUCCGUGUCCAAACCACCGUUGCCGAUCUUGCCAAGCUCAAGCCAGCCUUCAAGGAAGGUGGUAGCACCACUGCCGGUAACUCGUCGCAAUUGAGUGACGGUGCCGCUGCCUGUUUGGUCAUGAAGCGUUCAACUGCUCAACGUCUUGGUCUCCAAGUCGCCCUCAUUUUCAGAUCAUUUGUUGCUGUCGGUGUCGAGCCAGCCAUCAUGGGUGUUGGUCCAGCCGCCGCUAUCCCAGCCGCCGUCAAAAAGGCCGGUCUCUCCCUCGCCGACAUUGACGUCUAUGAAAUCAACGAAGCCUUUGCCUCGCAAGCCUACUACUCGAUCAAACACCUCAACAUUCCAAUGGAAAAGGUCAAUCCAAACGGAGGAGGUAUUGCCUUGGGUCAUCCACUCGGUUGUACCGGUGCUCGUAUGACUGCCACCCUCUACAAUGAACUUAAACGUCGUAAUGCUCGUUAUGGUGUUGUUUCAAUGUGUAUUGGUACUGGUAUGGGUGCUGCUGCCGUUUUUGAAAAGGAAAACUAG